AUGGCGCGGGAGUCUAACAUUGUUUCUCCGAGGAGUACUUGCGAAGAAGUCAUCGCUUUCUCGAAACCACUCGGGCCUCCCCUUCCCGAACACGACCGCAUGGCAUCGGAAAGCCGAUUCCUCUUUUUAGGUGUUACCGUCGUUCAUGGCGUAGCAGACGUACAGGAAGGUUGCUCUUUAUGUAGCCUAGGACUCCUCGCAUUCGCGUUCCAGCCACCCGCUGGCUUUGCCGCUGAGGCUAACGCUGCCGUCACAAAAGUUCACCCUGCCAGGGUGGCUCGGCAGGAAGGCGGAAAAAUGCAUUUGUGA